AUGCUCUUUCUACCACUGUUGGCGUUGGUCGUGAGCGCGAGCGCUCAAGAUCAAGACAAUAUCUUUCUAACCCCACCGACUAAUGGAAUUGACAACGACUUUACGCAAAAUCCCACUUAUGUCCAAGGCUCUAAGCUCACUAUCCAGUGGAAGACGACAUACCCGGCCACCGACUUGGCGAUCUGGCAGAAUGGGAACCCAAACGCUCAAUUCCUGCAGACUGGCAUCACGGGAACAAGUCUCGACUGGACCGUGGGGACUGGGGAAAACCCACCCUUCGACCUGACCGAGGGGAACGUCUUUUUCUUUCAAAUGUACAACUCAUCCACGACAACCUUUUUCAGCAGCCAUUACUUCAACGUCAGCGAUCCGUCACUGGCCUCAGUUACCUCCACUGCUCCCUCCAGCAAUACUUCACCGCCCGGGUCCGCUUCAACAGGCACGUCGACUUUAUCGGACGGUUCAUCCAAGACCGCCGCCGCAGCCACUUCGGUCGCGUCGACCACGCCUACUUCUUUAUCCGCAGAUUCGGCCUCUGACCACAGCAGCAGCAGCGGCAGUAACAGUAAGCUAGGAGAAGGUCUAGGAAUCGGCAUCGGGCUGUGCGUGUUCAUCAUCUUGGUUGCCGGGCUAGUCUGGUACUUCCUCCGACGGCGCUCCAGAUCACCACGGCUGAAAACGAUCGACCCGCCAUAUCAUCAGGCGCCGUAUCCAUCAGAGACUGCCUCAGUCUAUCCCAGUGAGAUGCCUGCGCACGCGCCGCACAGGAGGUACGAGCUCGGAACGGCCGCGCCUUCGACGCAUGCAGAGCUCGACGGCGGCGGCGGCGGCACAAAAGCCGUAUAA